UUUCCAGUAUUCAUCCGCACUUCCGUCGGUGCACUUGCUCUGCUAUUGGUGGAAUACAGACCGGUCAGAGACGAGUCGAGUUUGUGUUUAGUAACAGCAUAACGCUCCGGCACACGCGAGAUAAAAUGGCUGAGAGUAAGGGUGCGUUGAUUGCGAAGACAGUGCAAAAACACGCGGGUCGCGCCAAAGAGAAGAAUUCUCAACGAACACUCCAGAUCUCUUGGAUCUCUCGCUGGUCCCGUCGUCUUGGAAGUUGACGGUUUAUUCUUGGCAUCAUCCAGCGUUCCGCCGAGUCCUUGUGACGGCUGUUUGCGCCAAUCAGAAUCUUCUUACAUCACAUGAUGAAAGUGGUACUGACAUAUCGAUCAAUGAUACCAUAUCGAUUGACUUACGCUUAUGGAUCUUACUUCGAUCUGGACUUUGGAAAUAGCUGUUUAUUAUAUCAAGAUUUUUUCGAUGGAGCUGCUUCGUGACCCUGGGUCACCGUAACUUCGAGAAACACCAAAAUUCUUCUAACUCAACACUUCCUCCAAAAUUUGGGCAAAGUCGACAGAACCGCCGACGACAUAUUCGACGAGCAUUUGCAAAAUUUCACGAGACAGCAGAAUGCGGCGACCAGGCUGCAAAAGGAAUUCAACAAUUACAUCAGGUGUGUUAGGGCUGUACAGGCAGCCUCGAAGACCUUGAUGGACUCUUUGAAUGAGAUCUACGAGAGCCAAUGGACGGGUCAUGAUCUUCUCUACGUGCAAGCACAAAACCUUGAUAUGCUCUGGCAAGACUUUACGCACAAGCUGGCUGAUCAGGUUCUGGUACCAUUGAACACGUAUCAGAGCCAAUUUCCUGAGAUGAGAAAAAAAAUUGACAAGAGAGGACGCAAACUCGUGGACUACGACAGUCAGAGACACAGCUUCCAGUCGUUACAAGGCAAUCCUAAGAAACGUGAUGAGCUCAAAGUAUCCAGAGGAAAGGAUCAGCUGGAGGAAGCCAAACGGACUUACGAACAACUCAACUCGGAACUUCACGACGAAUUACCUGCGUUGCACGACUCCCGUGUACUUUUCCUUGUUACCAACUUACAGACCUUGUUCGCCGCUGAACAAGUGUUUCAUGCUGAAAGUGCCAAGGUUUUCUCCGAGCUGGAAGCGAUAGUCGACAAGUUGGCCAAUGAAAGUCAGCGAGGAUCUUACACGCUCAAGAAGAAUUCAGAACAGCAAUCGCCCAAGUCACCCAACGCCAAUUCCUCAUUGAUAAUCAACACGCAGCCCGCACAGAAUAAUAUAACAGCAGCUUUGGAUGAUUCCACGGCAACAGCCACCGCUGCAGCUGCAGCUGCUGGCGACUCCUCGCCGACGACACAGUUAAACGGCAAUGCUAAUGGCAAUGAUAAUUCCUUAAAUAACCAAGAUGCGUCUUCCAAAAAUACAAUUGCACCUGCUAAGAGAGUUGAGGAAUUGUAUGAUAUACCUGUUGACGUGGAAUAUGAAAAUGGUACCAAUUUAUCUAUAGGGGCGACAACCGACAACUUGCCGCCGGGUGUUUUGUACAGGGUGAAGGCGACUUACAAGUACAGCCGUGAGGACGUGGACGAGCUCUCGUUCGAUGUGGGUGAAAUUAUUCGCGUUAUUGAAUACGACGAUCCUGAAGAGCAGGAGGAAGGCUGGUUAAUGGGCAUCAAGGAAGGCACCAACGAGAAGGGUAUGUUCCCGGCGAAUUUCACAAAGCUUCUGUGAGAGCUUACCUCGAAUCGCCACGUACACUCCAAUGCUCACGGAAACAGCGUAUUUUACUUUAAGAUAGUUUGAAGGAAGGUGAAGAAGAAGGUGGAAGGAAAUGUGGGAAAAGAGAAAAUUUGUAAUGGCAGAAAGUGAGAGCCGUGCAGUCAGAGCCGUGGGUAUUAUUUGAAAUUUGUCUGAGAAAGGGGAAUGAGAGGCUAUAAUCGGCGACGAGGGGUGAGAAUUGGGGCUCUUGGGAGGUUAUGGUGAUAUAUAUAAGGGGGGAAGGGUGGGAAUAAUGAGAUGGUAAUGCUGGAGGGUGCUGCGGAGAAUCAAUCAGCCCAAAGUGCCUUAACCCAGCCACUGUCUGUGCCAACCAACAUUCACUGCUUGUAACACGGGAUUGUCCCACUCAUAUCGAAAACACAAAUACACAUCACUAAUAAUCAAAUGAAAUAUUUAAAUAAUUAAAUAAUAUAUUACUGUACACACAUCAAGAGAACGCGUACACGAGAACAUAUAGGCGACGACACACGAUACACGCAAUGUUAUAAUAUAAAAACAACACUAUAUAUUAAAUUAAUAUUAUUUUAUGAAAUUGUAAAUAGGAUUUAUAAAAUUUAAGGCUAUUUUAUCAAGUAACUUUGUGGCCACCGAAAAGAAAGAAAUGAAAUUUUCGUCUCUCCUCGAGAACGUCGUUCAUUGUACAUUUUUUCGAGCACUCUGAGUAAUUCACCGGCCGUUGGUGAACGCCAAAUUUUUCAAGGUCCAAUUACCUUCUCGCAAUUUAAAUAGUUCCCAUUAGAGACGUCGAUUCGUGGUAAAUUUAUUGUGUCGCGACCCGGUGAAGAAUCGGCUUAUCUCUUCCAUUACCAUAUCCCUUUAAUACGCGGUGGUUCUAUUGGCACGCGUAAAUCAUGUGCCAAAAAUUUUGUAUAGUAACUUUUUCAAUGAGCAGAUUAAGGCAUUUCGUUUGACUAAUGGGAUCUAUUUGACGACCAUACAUCUUAAAUGAAAUAUUCACUUUAUUCUUGCGAUAUAAGCCGUUUGAAAGUACCUCUUUAAUAAUUAUAGGUUAUCCCAGUCUAGGCAAACGAUAUACAGAUUCGUGCCGAAUGAAAAUUCUAUUGUUUAUCUGAAUUGGGAAAGCCUGUAUGUAGGUAUAUAGCCUUAGUAUAGCGGCAGUGGUAAUCUAAUACGAAAAGAAAUUGCUUAUCACUGCCAUGAAGAGUUAUCCGUAUGGCCAGGAUAGUAGGGAAGAAAUACAAUGGUCCAUCCUUUGAAAUUUCUGUAGCGUUGACGAAUACUCAUUAGCACGAUCUGUCGGAACAAUCAUGCAUUGUACCCCAUGUAAUAAACCACAAUUAUUAUAUAUAUAUAUAUAUACGUAGUGUAAUAAUAGUAUAAGAGCUCGUAACAGCCUAUCGGCAUAGCCGCGUGGUCUUUUAAUUUUAUUAUGUUGAUCUGAUAGGAGCGAAAUAUAGGGAGGUUGGAUUGUUUUCUUUUAUAAAUUAAAAAUGUUUAUAUCUAAAGGAUUGAUCCAUUGUCACACUAGCUCCGGACACUUGACACGGUGCCAUUUUUGUUGUUACCUAAUUACCCGAUAAUGUCAUCGGCAUAUCUAUUGUUUAUUCUUCGGUAGUUCAGUUCAGCAAGCGUUUUUAAGGCCUAAUAUGUAAAGCGUUAUCGAACAGACUUUUGUUACUUAACUGUUGACAGCAGACUCCUGUAAUGCGUGUACGAAAAUAUUUUCUAGACACUCGCGACAUUGUGUUUUCGGUCGUUAAAACUUUGACGAUGCUGUCGAGAAAAGCUGCAUAGACAUUCCUCCGUUUAAUGCGCGUGGAUAUAGAGUACCUUGCAGUCAUUGGUAGUCACCAUUAUGAAAAUGGUAUACGGUGUAUAGGAAAAAAAUGCGUCUCCUGAGAAUUCUGAUACCUGAGGGAAAGGGGGAAAAACAAAAUUGGCUGGAAAGUACGAAAGAAAUGUGCAUGUAAAUUCAUUCGUGAGAGUGCUGCAAAAUUUAUUCUCUGAGCAAUGAGUAGGAACUGUUGGCAAAACUUGGGACCGAUUGUAGCUCACUGAAUACAGGAAUAGCCUAAGGGAGUAUGUUUCAUAAAUAGAAGUUGUGAAAUAUAUUAAAAUAGACACAGGAUAAAAAGAAUGAACAUAAGAGAAGGAAGAACGUUUGCAGAGAUCCAAAGAUGUUCGACAAAUGUAUGCAAUAGUAUUGAAACGCAAAAGAGAAUAAAGAAAGGCAGAUUCUGAAAUAUCAGAUCUUAUCCGUAUUGAGA